UCGACACUAGCGUAACAUUUCUAUUGCUAGGCAAGGAAUACUUCGAAAAUGAGCGGAAGAGGCAAAACAGGAGGCAAAGCUAGAGCUAAGGCUAAAUCUCGUUCGUCGAGAGCUGGACUUCAGUUUCCCGUCGGACGAGUUCACAGACUGUUGCGCAAAGGUAACUAUGCUCAACGUGUUGGAGCUGGUGCCCCGGUCUAUCUUGCAGCCGUGCUCGAGUACCUGACCGCUGAAAUUCUCGAGCUGGCUGGUAAUGCUGCUCGCGACAACAAGAAGACCCGUAUCAUCCCCCGCCAUUUGCAGUUGGCUGUGCGUAAUGACGAAGAGCUGAACAAGCUUCUCGGCGGAGUCACUAUCGCACAGGGUGGUGUGUUACCUAACAUUCAAGCCGUCCUGCUGCCCAAGAAGACAGAGAAAUCAAAGUAAUUCUGUAGCCUACUGGGAAAAGGUAAACAAAGGCUCUUUUAAGAGCCGCCCAAAUCUACAUAAGAACACAACCUCCAAUACCGUCUAGUGUUUAACAUUGAUCAAUGAUCAAUGUAUCAGACGUUUUUACCCCUAAGCGACCGAAUGGACUGUAAACGUCCGAAGCGGGUGCCGAAUGAGCAUUCGAGCUGCAACGCAACACAAUGGAUGUGAAAAUCGACUAAAUUAAACAUGCAGACAUUUGACGUUUAUGUGGGUAUGGAACUGUCCUGGCUACUGAUUAAAUGAAUUCUAGUCACCAAUAUUCGUGUGUGUCUUAGAAAUAAGAGGAAUGUACCGCCAUUAAUCCACAAGCCUUACUACAGUGCUACACACAGACACCGGGUGCGUAAACUGACUCCUUCCAAGAUUCGCGAAAAUGGACCGAGUUUUCAGUUGCCUCAAAGAGCAUGUAGGACACUUUUAAAGCGACUGCUACCGUAUUUGUGUGUAUCUUAAUUUACGUGUAUAUAGUCAUUUAGGUGGUGCCUUGCCACCAGUACUACCCGAUUCAAUGCCCAGUUUGUCAAAAAAUGAGUAAACAAAUCAUGAUCUAACUAAUCCAAGUCAGAACCCGAUCAACAACAUUACAUCAUGCAAAUAAAUACAGGCACACAUGAGCAAUAGAUACUUUAUUCUAUGUAUUAAGUUGUUGUAGCAACAUGUUAGCUUUUAUUUUAAAGAGAAAUGAAGUGCAGUUCCUUUAAGGAUGCAUAUGAUGUUAGUUACCUAUUACAGUCAAUAUAUUCCAGCCUUCCCCUGUGUCGCCUACUAACCUCAUAGUG